AUGUCACUGUGCUCAAAUGAGCCCGCUCCAGAGGGAUUCCUUGUGAUCUCAUUUGCAUCGUCUACAGCAGUCUACGAGAUUGAGCGAACUCGCGGUGGUGUCACAAAGCAUGUGUCCGGUAUCAACUUUCCACCUCCGCAUGUGCCCGGUAUCAACUUCCCACCUCCGGCCCCGGAGCGGCGCAUACCGUGCCCUCACUGUCCCAUGACCUUCGUGAACGAGCAAGGACUUGGGAUCCACGUGAAAACACAGCACAGCAAUGCAAACAUGUCCAACGGCUUGCGGCUGCAGCGGAUGCUAGGGAAGACUCCCAAAGGGUAUGUUCAGCCGUGGGGAGAAGCCGGGCCUGGACGUUGUUGGCACGUGAAGGUCGAUGGUGCGACGGGGGCGGCUUCGUUCGUCCUCCAACGGAAGCGCUUCCGCGACCUCGACUUGGAAAGCGACGGCUUUACGGAACGCAAAGUCAAGGAGGCUCGUGGAGCUGUGAAGCGCAAGCGAUACGAUUUCAGGUUCAAAGCCCAUGUUGUGACCCAGCUGCGCCUCCUCCAGGAAGACGCCGCAGACCUCUUCAAGGAGGAGCAGCUCACGCCUCUCCAGUACUUAGAGGACCGUCUCAAGGUUAACUACAGCCUGAUCGUGAAGUGGGCUCAGGACGAGGCCAAUAUAGUCCAAUCGGCAGCAGAUGACGUGAAGAAGACCCUCCUUGCCAAACAGCAGCCAAAGCGGUGGUUUCCUGAGGAAGAGAAGAAGCUGUACAAUAUGUUCUUGGCGCGGCGGAGGAGGAAGCUGAAGGUGUCGACCCUGUGGCUGACGGUCACGUUCCGGAAGCUCGUGCAAGAGAAUCACCCUGAGGACCAACGGGCGGCGGCGUUCAGCGCGUCCUUCAGGUGGGCACGAAAAUGGGCAAAGAGGCAUAAGCUGUCCAAACGGCGCAGGAGCAACCUCAAGAACAAGUCUGUUGAAGAGCGCCUACCAAAGAUCCAGCGCUUCCACCGGCGGUUUCGCAAGCUCCUGCAAGAGCCGGUACGGUACAGGGCACCCGAGGCAUCGGACGUGUCGGCGAUGUCGACGGUCGCGGAGGGAGAGUCCAGAGAUCCCAAGUACGGUCAGUUCCAGCUCUGGGAGCGUUGGAAUGUGGAUCAAGUGCCUUUGCCAUUCGUGAACGGGCUGAUCAGCACGUGGGAGAAGACAGGCGCGUUGCGUGUAGCCAUCUCGCAGCCCUUUGCUGGCCUAGAGAAAAGGCAGUGCACCAUGCAAGUCAUCUUUGGUCCGGGUGAGAAGACUAUGCGGAUUUCGGUGAUUUUCCGAGGCCAGGGGAAGCGGAUUUCGCCGGUGGAGAAAGCCGCGUACCACAAGGACGUGGACGUGUUUUUCCAGGAGAAUGCGUGGGCGGACCAAAAGUUCUGCAUGGAGUGGGCCAAGAGGUCGUACCGCGAAGGCCUGAUCCGCGGGCGGGGUGAGCUCCCCAAGGCGAGGUCCAUUCUGAUAAUGGACAACUUGUACGCGCAGACUACGGACGAGUUCAAGGGGUAUCUUGCGAAGCAGUGCAACACUAUCGCCUGGCUUGGCCCUGCGGACUGCACGGACGAGGUGCAGCCAGUUGAUGCAGGAGCCGGACGACUUCUCAAGGUGGAAGUUGGUAACGAGGUGGACAAGUGGCUCGAUCAGUCGAACAACAUCGAGAGGUGGGAAACCGCGUCGCUGACAGCAUCUGACCGGCGCGUACUGAUCACUCAAUGGACGGGAGCGGCCAUGGCAAAACUCAACAGCAAUCAGGGGUACCGACACCGCCUUUUCGAAAAGUGCGGGAUGGCGAUGACCGUGGACGGCUCAGGCGAUGAUCGAAUCACCUUGGAGGGUUUGGACCAGCCGUACACCUUCGCAAACGAUGAAGACUCCAGCGAGAACGAAGGAGGUUCGGAGGACGGCAGCGAUGGGCCCGAGGGGCGGGAGGAGGAGGGCGCCGGAAGGCGCGAGCCGGUCGUCGGGGAUGAGCGCAUUGGUGCCAACAGCGGGGGAGGCAUGGAGGGCGCUGGAUACAGCGAUGAAGACGACGACAGUAAGUUUGAUUGGCACUACAUAGACUACAGUUAAUUCAUU